AUGCAAGACGACAGCCUAGAAGCUUCUACAUCCAUAUCUCAACUUCUAAGAGAAAGCUACCUGGCGGAAACUAGACAUCGGGGAAACAACGAGAGGAGUCGAGCAGAACCUUCCUCCAACCCUUUCCAUUUUGGUAGUCCUUCGGGGGCUGCUGAAGGAGGAGGAGGAGGAGGAAGCCAAGAUGACCUUCCAGAUCUUUCCGCUUUUCUGAGCCAGGAAGAAUUAGAUGAAAGCGUCAAUCUGGCCAGACUGGCCAUCAAUCACGACCCUUUGGAGAAAGCCGAUGAAGCUCAGGCUAGAAAGCGCCUGUCUUCCGAGCAGCUGAGGCACCCCCCGAAGUCUAACUUUGAGCCCAACUUCUGCCAGGAGAAGGCUCAGAGGCCGAGCAGUCCGAGAGAGAGUCCCCAGGAGACAAAGCGGCCGCCGUACAGCUCCGAAACCCAGUCGAAGAAAGUAUUCCUGAAUAAGGCGGCCGAUUUCAUCGAGGAGCUUUCCUCCCUCUUCAAGGCGCACAGCUCCAAACGGAUCAGACCUCGGGCCUGCAAGAACCACAAGAGCAAACUGGACUCUCCAGGCAAAGCGCCCCCCACGGAAGGCGGCCCCAGCCUCUCCGAGCUGUCGGAGAGAAGAGAGCGAGCGUCCGCCCCCAUCCCCAUCCCCACCGACGCCAGGGACAACGAAGUCAACCACGCUCUGGAGCAGCAGGAAGCCAAGAGGCGCGAGGCCCAGCAGGCUGCGCAGCAGCAGGCCGCGGGGGGCGAUGCCAGCCCGGGGUCUUCACCUUCUUCUCUGUACUACGAGGAGCCCCUGGGGCAGCCUCCCCGCUUCACGCAGAAGUUACGGAGCAGAGAAGUCCCCGAAGGAACCCGAGUCCAGUUGGAUUGCAUAGUGGUAGGAAUUCCUCCACCUCAAGUAAGGUGGUACUGUGAAGGCAAGGAGCUUGAAAAUUCCCCAGACAUUCACAUCGUGCAGGCGGGAAACCUGCACUCUCUCACCAUUGCUGAAGCCUUUGAAGAGGACACAGGACGCUAUUCCUGCUUUGCUUCCAACAUCUAUGGCACUGAUUCAACUUCUGCUGAGAUUUACAUAGAAGGAGUUUCUUCUUCUGACUCUGAAGGGGACCUUAACAAGGAAGAGAUGAAUCGAAUCCAGAAGCCAAAUGAGGUGUCAUCACCCCCCACUACCUCUGCAGCCAUUCCUUCAGCAGUGCCCCAAGCCCAGCAUUUGGCAACCCAACCCAGAGUAUCGACCAUCCAGCAGUGUCAGAGUCCCACCAACUAUUUGCAAGGACUGGAUGGAAAACCCAUCAUUGCAGCUCCCGUGUUUACAAAGAUGCUACAGAAUUUGUCUGCUUCCGAGGGUCAGCUGGUUGUCUUUGAAUGCAGAAUAAAAGGCGCUCCAUCCCCUAAAGUUGAGUGGUAUAGAGAAGGGACCUUGAUAGAAGAUUCUCCAGAUUUUAGGAUUUUACAGAAAAAACCUCGAUCCAUGGCUGAGCCAGAGGAGAUCUGUACUUUGGUCAUUGCUGAAGUGUUUGCAGAAGAUUCCGGGUGCUUCACAUGUACAGCAAGCAACAAAUACGGCACCGUGUCGAGCAUCGCACAGCUGGAUGUGAGAGGAAAUGAAGACCUCAGUAACAAUGGAGCUCUUCACUCCGCCAAUUCCACCACCAACCUGGCUGCUAUUGAGCCACAGCCAUCCCCACCCAACCCAGAGCCUUCUAUGGAACAGCCCCCCAAGCCCAAACUUGAAGGGGUCUUGGUGAACCAUAAUGAGCCCCGGUCCAGCUCAAGGAUUGGGCUCCGUGUGCACUUCAAUCUGCCUGAAGAUGACAAAGAAAGCGAAGCAUCUUCUGAGGGAGGAGCGGCCACAGCCAACCUGAGCAGGCCUGACUCCUUCCCAGAGAGGCUCAAUGGACAAACAACAAAAAUCCCAGAGCCUUCCUCACCCAUCAAAGAGCCCCCUCCUGUUCUGGCCAAACCCAAACUUGACUCCACUCAGUUACAGCAGCUUCACAACCAAGUCUUGCUGGAGCAGCAGCAACUGCAAAACCCAUCACCUUCCUCGCCUAAAGAGUUUCCCUUCCAGGGGAGCGUGCUGAACUCCGCCUCCAGCAAGCAGGCCAAGGCCUCCACAGCAGCACAGACUUUCAGCUUGGCCCGACCCAGACACUUCUUUCCUUCCACCACCUCGGCUACCGAGUCUCCAUCCAGCUCUCCGGUGUUCACCUUGAGCAGCGCUCCUCAAACAGAUCAGAGGACAGUGCGCAAAGAAAGCCUCUUAACUGCUCACCCCCCAGUGCAACCAAAACCUCCCGGUGGGGCUUCCAUCCAAAACCAGCCACUGGGCCCAGGCCCUGCAGAGCCAGCCCAGCCACCGCUCUCAUUUUCCAUCCCCAGCGGAAACCAGUUUCAACCCCAAUGUGUGUCCCCAACACCUGUCUCUCCUACUGGCCGGAUUCAGAACCCAGUGGCUUUCCUCAGUUCCGUGCUACCUUCUCUCCCUGCCAUCCCACCCACCAAUGCCAUGGGACUGCCCAAAAGUGCGCCAUCUGUGCCAUCCCAGGGACUAAUGAAGAAAAAUACUAAAUCUCCUCAACCAGUGAGUGAUGAUUACAUUCGUGAAACCAAGAAUGCGGUGAUUCUAGAUUUAGGGAAGAAAAUGAGUUUCAGUGAUGUCAGAUCAAACCAGCAGGAGUACAAAAUUUCAAGCUUUGAACAGAGGCUGAUGAAUGAAAUUGAGUUUCGCCUGGAACGUACACCUGUUGAUGAGUCAGAUGAUGAAAUCCAGCACGAUGAGAUCCCCACGGGCAAGUGUAUUGCUCCCAUCUUUGAUAAAAGACUCAAGCACUUCCGGGUUACAGAAAGCUCUCCAGUUACCUUCACCUGCAAAAUUGUUGGGAUUCCAGUUCCAAAGGUUUACUGGUUCAAAGAUGGGAAGCAGAUUUCUAAGAGAAAUGAACACUGCAAAAUGCAGCGAGAAGGAGAUGGGACGUGUUCUCUGCACAUCGAAUCCACCACCAGCGAUGAUGACGGCAACUACACCAUCAUGGCAGCCAACCCCCAGGGAAGAAUUAGCUGCUCUGGCCACCUGAUGGUGCAGAGUUUGCCCAUUCGCAGCCGACUAACACCUGCUGGUCAGCCUCACAGGGGAAGAUCUCGCAUACAAGAAAGAGACAAAGAACCCCUACAAGAACGUUUCUUCCGACCACAUUUCCUGCAGGCUCCGGGGGACAUGGUAGCUCAUGAGGGGUGCCUGUGUCGGCUGGACUGUAAGGUGAGUGGCCUACCGCCCCCGGAGCUCACGUGGCUGCUCAAUGGUCAACCUGUGCUACCAGAUGCCUCCCAUAAGAUGCUGGUCAGGGAGACAGGAGUCCAUUCUCUGCUCAUUGACCCACUCACCCAACGUGAUGCAGGGACCUAUACCUGCCUGGCUACCAACAAAACUGGGCAGAAUUCCUUUAGUCUGGAGCUCUCUGUCGUAGCCAAAGAAGUGAAGAAAGCCCCUGUGAUCCUGGAGAAACUGCAGAAUAGUGGCGUUCCUGAGGGCCACCCGGUGAGGCUGGAGUGCCGGGUGAUCGGCAUGCCCCCACCCGUAUUCUACUGGAAGAAAGACAACGAGACCAUCCCUUUCACCAGAGAGAGGGUCAGUAUGCACCAGGACACAACAGGGUAUGUCUGCCUCCUCAUUCAGCCAGCCAAGAAAUCUGACGCUGGAUGGUAUACAUUGUCAGCCAAGAAUGACGCUGGCAUCGUGUCCUGCACUGCCAGGCUGGAUAUAUAUGCUCAAUGGCACCAGCAGAUCCCACCACCUAUGUCUGUCCGACCCAGUGGCAGUCGCUACGGAUCUCUCACCAGUAAAGGACUUGACAUAUUUUCUGCCUUUUCCUCCAUGGAAAGCACGGUGGUGUAUUCUUGCUCUUCUCGGAGUGUGGUGGAGAGCGAUGAACUUUAA